GUGAGAAUGUCGCCAGUGGAGCUCACCGUCAGUUCCAGACAUGGCAGCGCUGAAACAGGAGCAUCGGUAUGGACUCUCCUGUGCGAAGACCCACAAAAACACUCCUAACAGAACCAUAUACCACGUCAAGCUGACCGACACUGCCAUUCGGACACUGGAAGCCUAUCAGAACCUAAAGGGAUCCUUACCAAAUCAGCCAGCAAUUUGCUUCAAGGGGAACCAGGGGUAUAUCAAGAUUCCUGCCCCCACUGGGGACUCUCCUCAUGCCCUGCGUGUCUUCUCCUUCUAUCUGUCCAGUGACAGCAAGGACAAGCCUCAAGCCAGCUUCGACUGUAUUCACCAGUAUGCCUCAGGGGAUGGCAGGGACCGCCUGGAGGGCCAGGGCAGUAUUCAGGACAAGAUCACAGUGUGUGCGACGGAUGACUCCUAUCAGAUGACCCGUGAGCGGAUGUCCCAGGUGGAAAAAGACAUCUUGAGUCGGUCAGCUAUCGAGAUCAAACCUGGCUCCACGCAUCCAAGUAAGUGUGUUAAGAUUAAGAGGAAGCAAGGGCUGCCAGGGACCUUUGACGGCGGAGCUAACCGACAUUCUCCUAGCAACAAGAGGAGCACAGCGCCCAGCUUGGUGGCCCACAGACCCCUAAGAGAGCGCAUGAUUCACCUGCUAGCUCUAAAGCCCUACAAGAAACCUGAGCUGCUGCUGUGGCUGGAGAGAGAGAAAGCAAGUCCCAAGGACAAAGCUGACCUGAGUUCUGUGCUAGAAGAGGUGGCAAAACUGAAUCCUAAAGACAACAGCUUCAGUCUGAGAGAUGACUUCUACAGGCACGUUCAGAGGGACUGGUCUGGCUACUUGGAGGAGGAGAAGCAGCUUAUCCACAGGCUUUUAGCCAGAAAGCUUCAGCCUCUCAGCAGCAGUAGCCAGAAGACCUUUCAGCAGCCCAACCAUUCAUUCCACAAAACCACAACAGGCGAUUCUCCAUCCCAGCUCAGUCCAGUCAAGAAUCUCUCUGUGAAACGCCCAGUGCCUUCUGACCACCUGGACAGUCAGACCCCAAAGAAGCAGAAGUUACUAGACCAGCACCUGCCCUUACAACCUCCUUCCAACGGACAUCUCAGCUCCUCUACGGGCCACAAUUCAUCCAGCACUGGAAGCUCCAGUUUACUAAACAAAACGGAGCACGAGAGGACCAACAACAGUGUUCAGCAGAGCCCCAAUGGCCUCUACCCACGGCACAAGUUUAGCGAGGUUAACGGUAUCCAUAAACCGGAGCCCGUAGUUUUGGCCAGCCCCAAACCCCCCAGGACUGAACUUCCUAUCCACAAUGAACACCAGCUGACCAGCAGCCAGAGCCACAAGAAAAAGAAGUCCAAGAAGCACAAAGAGAAGGAGCGGGAGCGCUUAAAACCGGAGUGGGUGGAGACUAGUCCAGAUCUAAAGCAUAAUCAGGAAAAUCUUGAAGACCAUGAAGGCCCCAACACACCUGUGACCCGUGCCUCACCGGAAGAGCUGCCAGACUAUUUAUUAAAAUACAACACUAUAACUGACUCAGAACAGCGGCAGCAGUAUAAGGAGGAUUUCUGUGCCGAGUACGAUGAGUACCGAGACCUUCAUGAGAGGAUUGGGAGUGUCACUGAAAUGUUUGUCCAGCUAGGGUCCAAGAUAAAGACACUGUCUCCUGGUACUCACGAGUACAAGGUUAUGGAGGAGCAAAUACUGGAGAAGUAUAGGAAAUAUAAGAAGAAAUGUCCUGGCUACCGGGAAGAGAAGAAACGUUGCGAGUAUCUCCAUCAGAAACUGUCUCACAUUAAAGGCCUGAUUCUAGACUAUGAUCGCACUCAUACCCCCUCGUAGUGCUGGCUCUCCCACUCCUCUUCUCCUCCCUGUUCCCACUCAGCCGGCCGUACGGACCAAAAGACUUCUCCUCACUGGAGAUGAAGCAGGAGUAAGUCUGGUUCUUUUUUGAAAGAACCUGAAGAAGCAUUUCCACUUUCUGCUUUGCACAAAUGGUGGUGAAGUUGGCGCCUGUGGAUCAAACCUGCCCACACAGGCCGAGACCUCCAACUCGUGAAUCAAACCCCUUUAAUGCUUUUUUUUCUGUUCUCUUUUGUUUGUUUGUCUGUGUGCAAAAAGUGUUGCAAUGGUGCGAUUUUUUUUUUUUGCAAUGGUGCGAGGGUAGAAAUGGUGAGAGAACGUGACUUAAGCCAAAUUCUUCCCCGAUGCAACAUGCAUUAACUCUCUUGGCUCACCCCUUGUUCUGCGGGGCUGCGGGCUCGUUCUAUGGUACAAUCAUAAUGACUGGACAAUAAGAAAGGAUGAUCUCUACUCUGUCUGCUGUGUCUCUCAGCACAGACUCUUAGAUGUUUUGCUAUGUUGCUGAAUGUACAUUUGUAAACUUUGUCAGAUCAUGACUUCUAUAAUAGAGGGUUUUAAUCACUGGAUAGAAUAAGGGAAAGGUUAAAUAUAUUGGAGGAUCUGGGGCAACCCUACCAGACUAUGGAACAUCAGGGUGCACUUUCUUGGACUUGCUAAAUGUAGUGAAGGGCCUUAACUCUUGACAGCCCUGCCAUUUAGAGGCUGCAUCCAGGUCUCACUACUACAGAAUAUGAUCUGAGAUCUGUGUUCAGCCAGAUAUAAUGUGAUGUAACUAUAGUAAAGGUAUGAUUUAAACUUUACGAGAUCCCUUCGAUCUCGUACUUAGGGCCAAACUCCCAGACUCAGGUUAAGCCUAGCACUGGACCAAAAAGCAGUCGAGAAUCAUUUUAAUCAGACACUUUUUGUCAUUCUUAAAUGGUCCAACACGAGACCCGAUCUAUGUUGGGGAGACUGCAGCAAAAGGGUACCACAGUGGUUGUAAUUCCAUGAAUUGUGUCUGUCCAGGGUCCAGUGCUCCAACCACUACAGCACAUUGUGUCCUUAAAAUAUUAUUAUUAUUAUUAUUAUUAUUACUAUGAAACUCCUUCACAGCAUACACAAUCAUGUUUUAAAGCACAUUCAUUUUCAGGUAAUAUAAUAUUUUGGAUUUAUUUUUUUUGUCUGUUUUCUGAAGUUAAAUUUUUUGGUUGGCGUCUGUUUCCCUGAGCCAAUAUCUAUAAAGGUUUUUAUAAAGGUAAAAUUAUAUAGUGAUUGAUGAGAAUAACCUCUUGUUCUCCUAUAGGCCGGAUAUUUCACAAUACAAGAAAGGAUGGGAUUAAUCCUUCUGUUAUACCCGUCUUCAUUUUCAUGGUGUUAUCAGUUCUGUUGUUUAAACAAACGGGAUUUCUUUGAUUUCUAUGGUCAUGUUCACUGUUCAGCUUCAUUCACAGAGUUUCAUAUCUUCUAAAACAGGUAUCUCCAAACCUGCUCCUGGAGAGCUGCCGUCUUGCUGGGAUAAAUUCCAGUCUCAGCACCUUAGUAGCACCUUUAACUCAAGUAUUUCUCCUGAAGAGCUUGCUUAUUCUGCAUAUGUAGCCCGUGUUGAGUUCCCACCGGAACUGUGCUCUUCAGUAAGGGCAGAUCUCUCCGGGCGCAGGCUUAGACAUACCUGCUUUAAACUCUGAUAUCAUGUUUCCUUUUCUAUUCAGUACAUAAUGUUUUAUUCUCAGGUGUGUGUGACACCUGAAAGGAUCCUCCCAUUGAAGUUGCUGUUCUCCCUAAAUGAGGUUCUUUUUAAUACUAAAAAUAAACCAGUCCAGAAACCACACAGACACACACACACACACGUUGCAUAGACCGGUGGACUGUUUUUGUACGUCAACUCUGUUCGAGUCAUCGCAAUCAGAGGUCUGCUAAUUCUACCCACUUGCCUAACAUGGAUUUUUGGAAGUAUUUUGUCACUUUUGUGCUUUUGAUAUUUCUCUUAUGGAGACUGCUAAGUUGUUAUUUAUGUCCCUGCAGUGUUAGUUCUCUCUCUAUCUCUCAGUCCAAAUUUGAUAUCUGCGUGUAAGCUGAUAGAUUUGCCAAAAUAGCGUAGGUCUUGUUUUUAUGUUUGUUUUUUUUGUUUCGUUUUUUAUUGUAUUAUGAUGUUUUCUUCCUUCAUGGGGCUACUUCAUGUAUUGAUGUAGAUGCCUUAAAUAAACUGGACCGCAUUAACUUGA